GUCCUUCCAAAUAAUAAGAAGAAGAUGAGCUUUCUUGGUUAAUUUGUUUAUCUUGUUUCUUGUUGAUUAUAUUAGGGAGCCCACAUUAUGAUACGAAUUAAAAAGCGGAACUCGACAGAAAAAAAAUUAUUGAAAUCUAAUAAAAUGAAAUCAAAAAUUGUCAAAAAAGCGCGUGGGAUUAAAAAAACUGUGAAACCAUGUGGUAUCUUAUCAAUUGAUACAGUAGAAGGAUGUUCUAAUGAAAAAUUUGCUGACCAAGAAAUCAAUGAAGAUAACUAUGAAAUGGAGGAACAAGUCUCGGAUCCUGAUAUGGAAGUAGAAUACGAAGCAGAAAAACAUAAACGAGAUUUACUUAAACUUCAGAAAAGUGACCCUGAGUUUUAUAAAUUUUUACAAGAAAAUGACAAAAAGCUCUUGGAUUUCAAUGUAUCCGAUGAAGAAGCCGAUGAACCAAUAGAUGAUGAGAAAAAUGAGAAGUCUGACAUAAUUCACAAACUUGAAGAAAACCUAGAGGUUGCUAGUGACGAGAGUGACUUUGAGCCAGAUGAAGAUAAACAAGAAAAGGACUCCAGAGUUAUUACUCUCAAAUUGUUGAAAAUUUGGCAAAGUGAAGUUCAUACUGACAAAAGUAAUAAAACCAUCACUGCAUUGAUUCAAGCUUUUCAUGCUGCUUUACUUAGAAUAACCAGUCAAGAAAAAGAUGAAGAACCCUCAUAUUUCAAAGUUGAAGGUCCUGCAGUUUUCAAUGGCGUUAUUCAACUAUGUGUUCUUGAAUUAGGUCCUGCUAUUAGGAGGUUCUUAGGGAUUCGCUUAGAGUCUAAGCAACCUGCACAUAAGUGUAAGAAAUUUAUUAAAAUCAAAAGAGUUCUAAAGACCUAUUUUUUGGAUAUUCUGAAGCUUUUAUUGGGUGUUACAUCAUCCAACAUUCAGACAGUGUUACUCAAGCAUUUGCACUACAUGUCAGCACUUCUUAGCUCCUAUCCAAAUGUAACAAAACAGUUGAUUAAACAACUUAUUCACUUAUGGGGUACUGCAGACGAUACUGUUCGAGUGCUGGCAUUUUUCUGUAUUUUACGAAUAACGAACAGUCAGCAAGUUACUGUAUUGGAUACAGUUUUGAAAUCAAUGUACAUGACAUACGUGAAAAAUUGCAAAUUUGUUAGCUUCAAAGGUCUACCUGUUAUCAAUUUCAUGAAACGGUCUUUGGUUGAAAUGUAUGCUUUGGAUACAAAUUUUUCUUAUCAACAUGUUUUUUUGUAUAUUCGACAGCUAGCCAUUCAUCUGAGGAAUGCCAUAACUGUAAAUAAAAUUGAAAAUAUUCAGAGUGUUUAUAACUGGCAAUUUAUAAAUUCUCUCAAAUUAUGGGCUAACUUGCUCUCAGUCACAUAUAAUAAAAAGACAAUGCAAUCAUUGGUAUACCCCCUUGUACAGAUUUGCCUAGGUACAAUCAAGUUGGUACCUACCCCACAAUAUUAUCCCUUGAGGUUUCAGGUCACACAGAUUUUGAUGGACCUGGGAAAGGAAACUGGCAUAUUCAUUCCAGUCCUACCUUUUCUGCUUGAGGUUUUAACCAGUUAUGAUUUCAAUAAAAAGCACCAAAAAGUAUCUAUGAAACCUUUACAUUUCACAUGCCUACUGAGAGUUUCAAAAUCUCAACUACAGGAAAAUGGAUUCAAAGAUAUGAUAAUCGAUGUAAUUUAUGGACAGUUACUGGAAUACCUCAGUUCUCAGUCACAUACCUUGGGAUUUCCAGAUCUCGGCCUUAUUUGCAUCAUACAGAUCAAGCAAUUUCUUAAAACAUGCAAGAAUUCUAAUUACACUAGGAAAAUGAAGCAAGUCAUUGAAAAAAUUGAACAGAAUUCACAGUUCAUAGAAAAUGAGAGGGCAAAAUUGACAAUUAAUAUUACAGACUUUAAACAAAUUGAAGGAUUUGAAACCCAAAUAAAAAAUAAAGGAACUCCACUAUCUGUAUAUUUUGAAUCCUGGAAUAAACUCAAGACAAUUAAGAGAAAUAAACAAUUAACAGAUAAUGAAGGCUUAGCUGAUUAUAAUCUCCCAACAAUUAAAACAGUUAAGAAUAACGUAGUAAAGAAAAAAGAAGGUCAGGUUGACUUAUUCCCUAGUGAUUCUGAAGAUGAUGAGGACGUUGGUAAACGGAAACGAGGAAAAAGAGGAGGGAAAAAAUUCGUUAAAAAUAUCUCUAACGAAAAUAAUACUAUUAUAGAUAAAGACAAACAGGAUAUUGUAGAAGACAUUCAAAUGGAUGAAUGGUGAUGAGUGGAUAUAGGAUUUGAAUAUAUGUUCUGAAUAUAAA